UCAUGCUGCUGCCAGGUCCAGAGUCUGUCAUGGGUCCCUGUACGGCCUCCCAUUGCUGCUGUCUCCAUCGCCACACUCUGCCAUGUGCCACUUUCAGGUCUCCUCACACACUGCUGGUGUGUUUCCAUUUUUUGACAUAGGGUGCUGGCAGAUUACGGGCCUCCCAUAGCUGCUGCCAGGCCCCUAAUCUGCCAUGGGCCCCUAUAUACCGCCUCCUCAUGCUGCUGCCAGGUCCAGAGUCUCUCAUGGGUCCCUGUACGGCCUCCCAUUGCUGCUGUCUCCAUCGCCACACUCUGCCAUGUGCCACUUUCAGGUCUCCUCACACACUGCUGGUGUGUAGAAUUUUUUGAC